UAUUUAUUGUGCGGGGCAAUCACGCCUGCCCUGCCCUCCGGAAUUUGCAAAACGUUAUCCCGCAGCCAACGGCCGGCAUCGUCUAACUACUGACUUGGGACUUCUGACUUGGGCUACUUUGCACACCCUUGUUUUGUGUAGCUUGUUUAGUGGAGUACGCAGGGGAAUUUCUCUCGAAGAAACUUCAAUUCUCUGGAACACCUACCUCAGUUCCUCAACCCGCGUAUGAUGGCUUCACCAUUGCAGACCAAAAUCCACUUCAGGAAACUACAUCCAUCAGGAUCUGAAGUCCGACUCCUCGAACUGCAGCCAGCGCAUGACAUCAGCGACACUGUCGUAUGUCGCCUGGUCAAUAUCGCACUUGCCCCUGACGUCGAAUUCAUUGGACUUUCCGUUCUGUAUGGCGAUUCAAAUACAACUGAGCAGAUAUGCCUCAACGAGCGCAGAAUCUCAGUACCUGCAACUCUCGCUCAGGCUUUGAGGAAUGUUCGCGCGGUGGUUUUUGAUGCUGUUGAGGUCAAAGAUGCUGCUUCAGAGGAGCAACGCUUCACGCCGACAGCGAAGAAGACACCGAGAUGGCUGUCCCGUCUUCUGAAGGGCGUUCAGUCCAUUCUGCUAGAUUCAAAUCCGCGCUCGGAUCUUCAAACACCUCUUCGCCUGUGGGUUGAUGCACUCUGCGUGAAUCAGAGUGAUGCCCGCGAGCAGUCCCAACGGCGGGCCCAUAUGGCCAUGGUCUACAGAUCGGCUCGAAUGGUGGUUGGCUGGCUUGGCGAGAAGGACGAAACAUCUGACUACGCCGUGAAAAUCAUUCGUACAGUUGACAAGUGCAUGCCUGACAACUUUGGAGAUCCCGAAGACAAAACUCAGCAUCCAGAGAACUAUGCACCUCAAUAUAAAUGGAUGACCGAGAUGAAGUGGCUGUGGGAUGUGCCCCCCGAUAUCCGCGAUCCCACUCAGUUUCCUGCGUUUGUUGCGGCGCAAGCCUUUUUUAGCCGUCCAUAUCUACAACGUGAUUGGAUUCUGGAGGAGAUUGCUAUGGCCACUUUUCCUGCGUUCCUCGUUGGCGACGAGAUUUUGUCUUGGAUGCAAGUUCUCCGCUGGAACCGCUGUAAUGAAGAGCUCAUGGAUAACGCUACUGCGAUCUUCCCUGAAGGGUUCCGGUCGUUGAUACAAUUUAUGCCCCUUGGCGCAAUUUACACAUUGCUGAAGGACUUUGAGCGUAGGCGGAGGACAGGAUCAGAUACUAGCACAAAUCCAGUACCCGGUUCUAGUUCUGUGUCUACCAAAAGUCGGUAGAAUUAAUAUCUAUAGUUAUCUAUAAUAACGGUAUAUUUAUCGACG